AUUGGCAACCACUAACCCGGGUUACCAAAAGGAACCACCGUUGCAGCUUGCAAAGCAAGAGCAGUUUAUCUGUAGAGUGUCGUAGGGCAGGUAAAAGGAUGGCCUCUCAAGACCAAGGACCAGAGCUGGCAUGGCGGUGGGAUCCACUAGGCGGCUGGAUUGGGCACUUAGAAACAAAACGGGCCAUGAAAGGUUCUCUAGCAUUGUGCCGACCCGGGCUCUCACUUCCCGAGUUCCUGCGUCUUUCUCAUGUCUUCAUCUCUUCUUCUUAGACCAUGCUCGUGGCAAACCAGAUGCUUCGCCGAUUUUCGUGGUCAACCUACUCGUUCGGAGGUGAGGCUUGCGAAAUUUGCGCACGCCAUGAUUUCCUCAUGCGGCUUCCGUGCGCCUUGGGCCUUGUGGCGAGAACGGUGGCAGCACCGGAGGUGCCGGUGGAAGCAGUGCAGAAGCUGGCGGGGCAGCUGAGCAACGUGUCAGACGCAUUGAGAGGGCGCUUGGAUGCAGUGCUGCUGUACCACUUCCGCAGCAAGCACUUCCUGGACGUUCAGGCAUCUCUGCCCGAGAAUGUGGAUUGGUCCAGCCAGCCCUCGCCUUGGAAGAGCUACGGCGCGCCGUCCCUUCGGCUGCCCACUGACUUGGAGGUCCAACCCCUCGGACCAGGCGACGGAAGCGCUGUCGCUCAGCUCCCUGGGCGCCUUCCUGCGGCUCGGCGCAGGGAUCUCGGCCUGGAAGAGCUACGACGGGCUCCACGCGUGGGCCUUGCGGGUCUUCCCUUCCUCGGGGAACCUGCAGACCACCGAGCUGCACUUGCUGCUGCCGCCCCUGCCGGACCUCUAUCAUCAGCCCGCUGCGUACCAUUUCCAGCCAGAGACGCACUCUCUAGAGCUCCGGUUGCAGGUGCCGGCUGAGCUUGUCGCCAGAAGCGGCGCCAAAGGCUUCGUGGUGAUGCUCACCAGCCUCUGCGCGCGGGAGAGUUGGAAGUACGGGGAGCGGGCGCUGAGGUCCUGCCACCUGAAUCUGGGCCACGCAGUUGGGGCGCUGGCGGCCGCCGCGGAGCUCAUGGGCUGGGGCUUGGAGGAAGGUCCUCCCGCUUUGGGUUUCUACGAGGCCCUGGCCGGCUUUCACUUUGCCGAGGAGCCCGAGCUCGCCCUCUUCGUGCGCACGGAAGCCGCGACUGCGGCGCCGGAGUUUGAGUGGCCGGGCAUGGGCUUGGGCGCUUCCAGCCCUGCGCUGGAGCUCGAUGGUCCUUGGCCCUUCAUGGAUGCGGCGCAUCGGGCGGCCCGCGUGUUGCAGGCAGAUUUGGACGCGCCGCGGCCGAUGCCGCGAGGGCUGACGUCGCGCCUGGCGCCGCUGUUUGGGUCGACGUCGCUGCGCGGGGCGGUGCUCGCCCGGCGCUCCGUGCUGCGCAUGGCGCGCCUGGCCGAGGGCCCGGCGCCGAUGCCGCGAGGCCACUUCCUCAAGACCCUGCAGGCCUUGUGCUCCGCCCCGGAGCUGCGGGCUGUGAGCCUUGUGGCACCAAAAGUGCACGUGCUGCUGAUGCUGCACGCGGUGCAGGGCUUCGAGCCGGGCCUCUACCUGCUGCUCCGCGCGGGCCACGAACCCAUGGCUAUGCCGGACCUGGACCCCACUGCCCGUCGCGAGGAGGUGCCGGACCUCAGCCCAUGCGAGCUUUGGGCCCUGGCGGCACCGGCAGACGUGCGCCACGCUGCGCAAGUGUCCGCCUGCGGCCAAGAGCUGGCGGGCAGCGGCAGCUUCGCGGCCGCCUUCGUCGGCGACUUCCGCAACUGGACGCAUCCCAGGAGCUACGCAGAGCUGCUGUGGCAGGCGGGGGCUCUUGGGCAGGUGCUGUACCUGGCAGCUGAGGCCGCUGGCUUCGGCGCCACAGGCAUGGGCUGCUUCAUGGACGACCUAGCGCUGGCGCUCUGGCGGUCCCCAAGCGCCAUGGAGGCGAAAGCGACGAGCGACCUUCAGACCUUCGGGGCGGAGGAGGCACGGUACCAGGUGCUGUACCUCGCGGCGGUGGGCAAGGCAGAAGUUGACCCCCGGCUGCUGAGCUUCGAUGCCUACCAGCAUCUGCAGGAAGGCUUCUCUUAUGAAGCCUUGCAGGGAGGCAUGGGUCGCAUCUUCCCAAGCGACGGCGAAAAAAUGCGCUGGACGGCCUACAUUCUCAGGGAGUGGCUUUGGAUGGAUCAUACGCGGCAUCUCCAGAGGCUCGGCCACCACGCCUCCAGCUUCGCGGGGCUCUUCGGCCUCCCGGUCCCCGAGAACCCCAAGCCGGAGCUGGACUGCCACUGCUUCCGCUUCCAGAAGGAGACUCUGGAAGACAUCAACCACUUGCAGCACAAUGUCAACUUUGCUCGGAACAUGUUCGAACCCGCCGAGAUCACGCAAGAGAUGCUGGAUGGGGCAAAGGAAGUCAUCGCAAAGGACAUGAAGGAAGAAGAGGCGCAGUCCAUCACAACGGACAGCUUUUGGUACGCCAAGUUGCCGGAGGACAUCGCCAAGCUCGCGAAGAGCGGGGUGAAGGUGAAGGUCAAGCGUGGUGAGGAGGAGAUGGAGGCGUGCCUAGCACAGUACCCGGACAAGAUCGAGCGGCGGAACAGCCUGAAGCGCAAGACGAAGGCCGUGUGGGAGCUUUGUCCCCCGCCGGGCCCUGACAAGAAGGUGCCGGAUGAGGACCCCCUGCCCUGCGGUGGCACAGAGAAGCUCAGAGACGAGAAGUUCAAGUGGAAGCCGGGCGACGUCAUGGAGUUCAUAGGCAGUUGCCGCAGCUCUUUGGCACUGCGGCAUCCCAAGAUGAAGGACUUCGAGGAGGACGAGGGAGAGCGCAUGAAGCUUGCGAUCAAGGACAUGACCAAAGAGUACCGCAAGAAGAUGGCGGAAGAAGAAGCUGCAAAGAAGGAGGAAGAAGAGAAGGCCGCCAAAGAAGAGGAACCCAAGGAAGCUGAAGACAAGUUGGAGCCCUCUGCAAGAGACAGGCCGAGCAAGUCCGAGCAAAUGUCGCGCGCGCGGGCCACGUCUGCACCGCCGCCCAAGGGCCUGAAGCGACCGGUGAAGGUUUGCGUCCGCGUGAGGCCGGUGCUCGAGCGCGAGGUGGAGCAUGGCUGCUAUCACGGCUGCGUGGCUUUGGCACAUGAGCGUGUCUACCUCAGCACCGAGGAUAAGCCGGUGCUCAUUGGCAGCAAGGACGACCCGGUCCCGGACGGCAUCAAGGUGUACCCGGGCUUCGAUGGGCUCAUCGACCAGGACAGCUCACAAGAGGAAGCCUUCGCGGUGGUGGGCCAAGAAGCGGUGGAUGGGGUGCUGCUGGGGUUGAACGCGGCCAUCAUGGCCUACGGCCAGACCUCCACCGGGAAGACCCACACCAUGGUGGGGGACAAGACGCGGCCGGGGCUGUGCCUGAAAGCGGCGGGGCACCUCUUCUCAGAGGCCGGGCUGCAGGGCUCCCAGAUCGAGGUGCAGGCGUCCUUCCUGCAGCUCUAUCUGAACCACAUCACCGACCUCCUUGUGCCAAAUGGCCACGAGAAGAAGCUGAAGCUGAGAGAGGUGGUGGAGGAGGAUGGUGUCGACACCAAAGUUGAAGGCUUGAGCGAGCGCCCGGUGGAGUCCAUGGAUGAUGUAGCGGCGCUCAUUGACGAGGGCAACCAGAGGCGGCAGCAGGCCUGCACCGCGCUGAAUGCCCACAGCAGCCGCUCGCACGCGAUCCUCAUUCUCAACGUCACCUUGUGGCAAGGCGGCAAGGACGAGGAGGCAACAGAGGCGAAGCUUUACCUCGUGGACCUCGCCGGGUCUGAGCGGGUCAAAGACUCCUGCGCCGUAGGCGAUCGAUUCACAGAGGCGGUGCACAUCAACAAGUCCCUCUUCGCCCUGCAGGGCGUCGUGGCGGCGCUGGCGGACGGCAAGCCGCACAUCCCCUACCGGAACGACCCACUGACGCAGCUGCUGCGGCCGGCGCUCGGGGGCAACUGCUGCACCACAUUGGUCGCCACCAUCUCUCCGGCCCAGAGGCACUCCUCGGAGACGGAGGGCACUUUGAACUUCGCCUCCAGCUGCCGACGCAUCAAGGGGGAGGUCUUCGUGAACUCCGUGAAGAAGCCGAGGCCCUGGGAGACCAAGCCCAAGGAGCCUGAGAAGGAGGAGGAGCCAGAGUGCCCUUGGGCAUCCCUGGCGAAGCUGGAUGCGGCCUCGGUCAUGGAGUCCACGAUGCUGGACACAGCGCAGGGGCAGAUCCAUGUGCUCACCUGUGGCCCAGCAGAUGGGGAGGCCGUGCUGCUUCUGCACGGCUGCCCAUCCGACGCCUCGACCUGGAGGUGGCUCUUCCCAGCACUGCUGUACAGCAAGUUCCGCGCGAUUGCCAUCGACAUGCCGGGCUGCGGCAGCUCCCCCGGCAACAAGCUGGGCAGCCGCUCCGAGCUGAACAGUGCCAAGGGUGGCCCCUUGGACAUUGCCUGCGCGGUGCUGGACAACUUGGGCAUCGAGAAGGCCGCGGUGGUGGGUUACGACUGGGGCGCCGGCAUCGCCAUCUCCAUGGCGCUGCUGCGGAAGAACCGGGUCACCAAGAUCAUCCCCUUCCACCCCGCCUACUCGCCCCCCGCAGGCGAGAAGCUGGGCACCAUGUCGGUGCCCACUUUGGUGCUGUGGGUCAAGGAGGACCAGUUCCACAACUUGACCAAGUGGCGGAAGCAUUUCCAGGCUCUGCCCGGCUCCAAGCGCGAGCUGGAGGUGUACUCCAUCGGCUCCAAGUGGAAGGCGGGCAUGUCCUUCGGCGGCGACAAGCACCUGGGCCCCCAGCUCCAGCGCCGCAUUGUGGCCUUCCUCACCGGCGAGAAAGCCGAGGCGGCGGCCGGGAGUUUGGAAAAGCGUUUGGAGGCCAAAGGCGCCACCACCGCGGGGCAGCUCGUGGUGCACGCGCAGAACGUGGUGGUGGCGGAUGCGCUCAAAGAUGGCGUGGCCCAUGCGCUGCGGGAGGUGGAGGAUCCGAAGCGGCAGGCCAUCGAGCAGUUCAAGCAGCUUUGGAGCGGUGGCAAGCUGGGCGCCCUCUACCAGGAGCGGCUCUCCGGGUCCUCCGCCUCCUCCGCCAGCUUGUUCGGCGCGCUGCCGGAGAUGAGCCCGGAGGCCCUAAGCGAGCCGAGCGUGCUGGUGGAGUGCGGCCUGUGGACCCAAGCGCCGCAGGGCUACGAACGCAUGACCCAGAGCUGUCGCUAUAUGCCCGGGCGCAGGGUCUUGGUGCGGGGCAAGGUGGACUUCAAGCCAGCCUCCAAAGAGUUCAUGUGCUUGUCCGCCAGCGGCGGCGACCGCACCACCUCGAAAGCGGAGCUCAAGGGUGUGGCCAAGGGGAAGGCGGACACGUGGCUGGCGGAGGUGGCCGAGUCGGGCGGCACAACCACGACGCUGGAGGUGGCGAAGGCCGAGGUGCUGCGACUGAACCAGCGACACAAGCUGGCGACCAGUGGGAAGUAUUUGUCCCUGGAGGACGGGCUGAAGUGCGACUACAGCAAUCCGCUGACCCGUGCCAAGCUCUGCGAGAUCGCUCUGGCCCUCGACCCGGUGGUAAAGGACCUGGACUUCAACACCCCGGAUGGGGGCCAAGCGAUCCAGCUGAAGGCGGUUGAGGUGAUCCGGAGGUGCUUGGACAUCAUUACCUUCCAGAAGGGCUUGGACCGGGGCCGCAGCUGCGCCAUGUGCGACGACGUGGCCAAGUUCGCGUGCCACGGCCAAGGCCACUGCCACACGGUGUCCUCCACUAUGGCGGCGUUUCUGUAUCCCUUCUGCCGGGUCUUGGGCAUCGACCUGAAGUACCGCGGCGGCUUCUCCUGGGGCGGGGUCAACCUGGGCGAGGCGGCGGAUGAGACCGUGGAGGUGGCCGACAAGCCGGAGCGGCACCAGUGGCUGGAGCUCACGUUGCGGCCCUCGCUGCAGAGCUUUGUCUGCGACUUGUGGGUGGCCGACGCCGUGGGCUUCGAGGCGCUGCGCUGGCCCAUCGCGGAGGCAUAUCAGAACCGGCUCUACCCCAAUGGCAGCUUCAACAUUGGGCAGCAGCAUUGCCCAGAAGAGCCUGGUGAUGUUGACUUACCGGAGCUUUAG